AUGGCAAAUCUAUAUGAGAUGGUUAUGGCUGAAUUAUUAGGCCCUAACAAUAACAAUUCAAUUAGUAGUAUUGCUGCCUCUCAUAAUCCAUUACAAGAUUAUCAAAUCCAAAUUGCGGUUACUUAUCAAUGUCUUCUCCAAUUCAAAAGAACAGGAAAUCAAAAGGCGUUAUUAUGGUACGCCUAUUAUUUGAGAAGCAUUUUGGAAAAUAUGCCACCAGAACAAAGGACUUCCU